GUGGUGUUCUUGGUUCUAUUAUACCAUUGGCUCUUAAUUGGAAUUCAUCUGAAGGAUCUGUAAACGAUGGAACUUACAUUGGUUUCAUUAUUCUUAUGGGACUUGGUUCUUUAUUAGCAUUUGCUUUACUUCCACCUGAAAAGGUUAUACGCGAUGAUGGUCAACAUAUUAUUAUUCAAAAAUUUCCUAAAUGGGAAGAAGAACUUAUCGGUGUUGCAAAAAUAUUAAUUAAUUGGAAAAUGAUUGCGCUUUUUCCUAUGUUUAUUGCUAGUAAUUGGUUUUACGCAUAUCAGUUUAACGAUAUAAACGCAUUUUAUUUUAAUAUUCGUACAAGAGCAUUUAACUCUUUAUGGUAUUGGACCGCACAAAUUAUUGGUGCCGCUUUGUUUGGAAAAUUUCUUGAUUUUCCUAAAUUAGGAAGAAGGAAUCGUGGAAUUUUAGGACUCGCCAUAAUUGCAGUCAUAUUAACGGGAAUUUGGAUGGGUGGUCUCUUUUUUCAAUUAACUUAUAAACGAGAAGAUAAAGAUACUAUUGUUCAUAUGGAUCUAUAUGAUUCUGGAUAUUUGUCAAGGAUAGUACUUUAUAUUGCAUACGGUGGUGCUAUAUCUUGGAGAAUUGAUGCGGUUGGAACACCAUUUCUAGUACAACUUAUUAUUUGUUGGGCUUUGUUAGCAAUUUCAAUACCUUUCGCCUUCCCCGUAGUAUUUAAAAUAAAGGAGACUAACGUUGUUUCCAAUAGUGGGAAAGAGAAAUUUGACUCUGUUGCAGCAAAUAAAUCGGAAAUUACUGCUUAA